AUGGGUGUUAAAGGACUGUGGGCCGAAUGCAAACCUGUAGCACAAACAAAGUGUUUGGUUGACUGGGCUGUUGAAGAACAUACUCACCUCAACGGUCGGCAGCCAGUUCUGGGAAUUGACGCAAAUAACUUACUGGAUUCAGUGGUUGCUGCCUUGUCUAAGCGGGAACGCUUUCAUACCGAUGGCGCUAUUGGCUCCCUUCUUGCAUCUAUCCUUCCAUACACCGACAUUCCAGCUAUAUUAUUAUUUGUAUUUGAUGGCCGCCACAAUCUUAAAGUCAAAUCAGGAAAAAAAGUCAUCAACAAGAACAUUGCAAUUUACAGCAUUGCUCGACGGCUUAUUCAAGCUAUCGGUGGUUAUAUUCUCAAUGGCCCGGGCGAAGCAGACGCACAGUUAGCAGCCCUUUCACGGCAAGGGAUUGUUGAUGCUGUUAUUUCAGAUGAUAGCGACAUGAUUGUUCAUGGCGUUGGUCAGGUACUAAGAUAUAAUAAGGAAAAAACCAAGAAUACCAAGCGCAUGUUUAUUCAAGUAUAUCGUUUCUCUGACGUUCAAAGACAUCUCAAUGUGGAUCACACCGGACUGCUUCUUACUGCGAUUCUUUCUGGAAAUAGUUAUGCAGACGGACUCCGUGGAUGCAGCAUCAAAACAGCGCUGGAGGUAGCCCGCUGUGGAUUUGGAGAAACACUAGUCGUGCGGUAUCAAUCUGAUCCAAAGCUGACACUGAAUAAACUAGAUGGAUGGAAGAAAGGAGUCAAAUUUGAACUUGAAAUGAACUCCACUGGCAGACUUUCCUCCCGACAUCCAGCCAUAGCAUCCCGAAUCAAUAUUUUUUCACCAUUGAAUUCUCUUUCUGCAUAUUUCAACCCAGCGCAACUGCCAUCUUGUACAAGGAUGGACCGUUAUGAUGUGGCGCCUACAGCAGCGGAACUGGAGGCGUACUCAUUCAUUGAACAUGGAGUCUCAUUUGACGGUUUGGACGCAGAGUCUAGGCCAAAUAAUACUCUUGUUCUUGUUCCCAAGGAGGUUUUUAUUCCUGCAGUCCGAGACUUUUGCACGAGUUAUCUACAUUGGAGUGGAGAUACAAUCGUCCAGUAUCUGAGCAGGAAAUUGUGGACGGGGGUAAUUAUUCAAAUGCUCUGUUCGCCUUUUCUUAUCUACCAUGAACUCGAUACGGGCAGCCCCAGAAUGCCUUCAAUGAUGUACACUCCAUGGCACAAAGUACAGUUGUUGUCAUUCCCGAAAAAACGCAAAGAAGAGAAAUACCCCCAUUCAAACACGACUUACAUCUGA